AUUACUCAAUUCCUCAUCUCCUCGUCACCCCUUCCUUUUCCUUUCUCAUUCGAUUCUACAAGAAUCAUUAGAAUUUGCAAAGUUGUUAGUUAGUGUUCAAAAUGGGUACUAGCAAAAAGUUUGAGGGUUGGGGGUGGUUACAGUGUUGUGGAAACUUGUCACCUGAGGCACACUAUCCAUCCAUGACGAAAUGGACGUCACUGGAAGAAGCAAACAAGAAGGUAGUGGUAGGAUCAGAAGCCAAACUUGUCUUGUGCGUUAUGGGAAUGACAUGUUCUGCUUGUGCUGGAUCUGUGGAGAAAGCUGUCAAACGCUUACCAGGGAUUCGAGAAGCAGUUGUUGAUGUCUUGAAUUAUAAAGCCCAGGUUCUUUAUUACCCGUCUAUGGUUAAUGAAGAGAAAAUAUGUGAGGCCAUUGAAGAUGCAGGUUUUGAAGCCAAACCCAUAGAAGGAGAAUCCAGUGAUACCUCUUCACAAAUAUGUAGAAUACACAUAGGUGGCAUGACAUGUACUUCUUGCUCCUCCACUAUUGAAUCAGCUCUUCAAAUCCUUCAAGGCGUGCACAAAGCACAAGUGGCCUUGGCAACUGAAGAAGCUGAAGUUCAUUAUGACCCCAACAUUGUGAGCUACAAUCAACUAAUGGAAACUAUACAAGAACUUGGAUUCAAACCUGUUCUAAUAAGCAGAGGGGAACACAUAAGCAAGAUAGAACUCAAAAUCGAUGGCAUUAAAAAUGAGGAAUCCAUGAGUGCAAUUGAACAAUCUCUCUUGGUACUUCCAGGUGUUGAAGCCAUAGACACAUAUCCCAACAUUAACAAAAUUGCCUUAACUUAUAAACCAUACAUGAUUGGGCCCAGAACAUUUAUUCAAGUCAUAGAAUCUACAGGAUCCGGAUGUUUUACAGCUGUGAUUUUUCCAAAUGAUGGGAGUAGUGAAGCACAUAAACAGGAGCAAAUUGAUCAAUACUUCAAGUUAUUGAUAUGGAGCUUGGCUUUCAGCAUUCCUGUUUUUUUGAAUUGCAUGGUCCUUGUGAGUGUUCCUGGAGUUAGAAAUAUUUUGGAUAUCAAAGUUGUGAAUAUGCUGGAUGUUGGUUUGCUUUUGAGGUGGGAAUUUUCUACCCCGGUGCAGUUCAUCAUAGGCAGAAGAUUCUACAUUGGAUCUUAUAAAGCUUUACGCAGAGGUUCAUCAACCAUGGAUGUGUUGAUAGCCUUAGGAACAAAUGCAGCUUACUUUUAUUCACUCUAUGUUGUGAUAAGAGCUUCUUUCUCUCGGCAUUUCCAAGGGAAUGAUCUUUUUGACACAAGUUCUAUGCUUAUUUCAUUUAUUUUACUGGGGAAGUAUUUGGAAGUGUUGGCUAAAGGGAAGGCAUCACAAGCCAUUGCAAAGCUCAUGGACUUGACCCCUGACACAGCAACCUUGUUAAUUGAAGAUGGUGGAGGAAUUGUGAUUAGUGAACAACAAAUUGAUAGCAGAUUGAUACAGAAUAAUGAUGUGAUUAAGAUUGUGCCUGGUGCAAAAGUAGCAUCAGAUGGUUAUGUGAUCUGGGGGAAGAGCCACAUAAAUGAGAGCAUGAUAACUGGAGAGGCAAGGCCUGUGGCUAAGAGGGAAGGAGAUAUGGUGAUUGGAGGGACUCUGAAUGAGAAUGGAGUUUUGCAUGUUAAGGUAACAAGGGUUGGGUCAGAGAGUGCCGUCUCCCAGAUUGUUAGACUUGUCCAGUCUGCCCAGAUGGCGAAAGCUCCUGUUCAGAAACUUGCAGACAGAAUUUGUAAAUAUUUUGUUCCUUUGGUGAUUGUGCUUUCCCUUUCAACAUGGUUUUCCUGGUUUCUAGCUGGAAAGUUACAUAGAUACCCAAAAUCAUGGAUACCAUCCUCCAUGAAUAGCUUUGAGCUUGCACUUGAGUUUGGGAUUUCAGUCAUGGUCAUAGCCUGCCCUUGUGCUUUAGGCCUAGCUACUCCUACAGCUGUCAUGGUUGGUACAGGAGUUGGAGCAACUCAAGGUGUGUUGAUCAAAGGAGGCCAAGCAUUAGAGAGUACACAUAAGGUGAAUUGCAUUGUGUUUGAUAAGACAGGAACUCUCACACUUGGAAAACCAGUGGUUGUAACUACAAAACUCUUCAAGAAUUUGCCACUUAAAGAUUUCUAUGAACUUGUUGCUGCAGCAGAGGUGAACAGUGAACAUCCAAUAGGCAAGGCCAUUGUUGAGCAUGCUAAGAAGAUCACAGAAGAUGAAAAGUACCAUCCCUGGCCAGAAGCAAGAGACUUUGUUUCUAUUUCAGGUCAUGAAGUGAAGGCCAUUGUUCGAAACAAGGAAAUAAUGGUUGGGAAUAAAAAAUUAAUGUUGGACCAUAACAUAGCCAUUUUAGUGGAUGCUGAAGAAGAACUAGAAAAAAUUGAAAGCCUGGCUCAAACUGGGAUCUUAGUAUCCUUGGAUGGAGAUGUCAUUGGAGUUUUGGCUGUAUCUGACCCACUGAAACCAAAUGCCAGAGAAGUUGUUUCUAUCCUUAACUCCAUGAAUAUUAGGAGCAUCAUGGUGACAGGUGAUAACUGGGGAACUGCCAAUUCCAUUGCUAGACAAGCUGGUAUUGAAACUGUCAUUGCAGAGGCUCAACCUCAGACUAAAGCGACUAAAGUGAAAGAGUUGCAGACUUCUGGCUACACUGUGGCAAUGGUGGGAGAUGGAAUCAACGACUCACCAGCACUGGUGGCAGCUGAUGUUGGAAUUGCAAUUGGUGCUGGCACAGACAUAGCUAUUGAGGCAUCUGAUAUAGUUCUAAUGAGGAGUAACUUGGAGGAUAUAAUAAUUGCCAUUGAUCUGGCAAAGAAAACUUUCUCUCGUAUCCGUUUGAACUACAUUUGGGCCAUGGGUUAUAAUCUGCUGGCUAUCCCAAUUGCCGCAGGAAUCCUUUACCCGUUCAUUAGAUUUCGGUUACACCCAUGGAUUGCUGGAGUUGCAAUGGCUGCUUCUUCUGUCAGUGUUGUAUGUUCCUCCCUCUUGUUGAAGUUUUAUAAAAGACCAAACAAGCUAAACAACUUGGAGAUAAAUGGUAUAAAGAUUGAAUAAGCAACCUUUUUUAAUCAUAACUCUGGUCUUGUUUGUUGGGAACAAGGAUUUUCUUCUGUAAGACUAGUACUUAAUGUGUAAAAAAUUUGUAGAGUUUUGAUGUAAUCUUAAAGAAGCUUUGACUAAAUUUAAUUGUGAGUCACUUAUUUAGUA